UCGUAAACAUUGGUCGAGAAGGAAAAUGUGAAAGAAGAGCAGCUCUCGUCUGACUUUACAUUUGAUUUCAGUUUUAUGUUAUGACUGGUGGAUUAUAGACUUACUCUGGAUUCAACUGACCGAAGGAAACCGUUUGCAGUGGAAUUUUAAAACCGCAGGAGACGAACUGCGCUGAGAAUCAGAAAUAUGAUGGAGGAUUUCUCUGGUUUGGCUCUGCCACCUCUGUUUGGAGGACACAUCCUGGAGGCAGAGCUGGAGCCAGGCGGUGUGGAGCUCGGGCCAGGAGAGGUGGAGCUUGGCCCGGGAAGCAGCGAGCUGCUUGAGAGCACAGUGCAAGAGGAUGAGGAGACAAGAGCUCUUGAUAAGAGAAAAUAUCUGUCUCUGAGCAGGAGAUGUAAAGAAAUUGAACAGGUGAAUCAGAAGAUGCUGGGCCGCCUUCACCAAGUACAAAGAAUUACACGACGCAUGAAGAAAGAAAGAAGGUUUCUCAUGAAGACUUUAGAUGCUCAUGGGGAUGAUUACAGAAAUGCCCAGCUCACUAUAUUGCUUGAGGAUGAGCCUGGAGCCCUUCUAGAUUCUGCUGCUGGAGUGGAGGAUGACCGUCUCAAUGGUCUGUCCGGUUCCACGUCGUCUGCAGCAUUGCAUCAUGCUGCUGGUUCAAAGAAGAGGAGGCAUCGAAUUCCAAGGCAAGAAAAGGAUAAAGACCCACAGACGGAACCCGACAUGUCAGUGUUGGCAGACUCGCAGUUUGGAGAAAUGCCCAGUCCAACCUCUCUGUCUCACUGAUCAUUACACUGCCCUGGAAGUGAUGAUGGAAAAGGAGCGCCCAGUUUGAUUUGUUUGAUUGUCCAGCAGAUACUGUUGGUUCUCACUGUGCAGCCAGGUCUUGAAAUGUUUGAAGUUUUACUUGAAUAUUGUGAACAGACUCGUGUUCAUCAAAGAUAAAGUAACCUGGUACAUAUAUUACAUAUAUUUUGUACAUAUUGUUUUGGGGUUUUUUGCUUUCAUGUUUUUUUUACUGAGAUUUGAUGACGUUAUCAAAUUAUGGAAAGUGACAAGUUGUGCACACUGUCCCAGGAAACCUUGUUUGGUAAAGAUCUGUCAACACAGUCACAAUUAAAGUAGGGCAGAAACUUCAUGCCUUUCAUAAUACAUUCUUGAAUAUCA